AUGGAUGAGGCCCUCAGGGCACUAGAGGCCAGGCCGGUCGCCGCGGAGCAGCAGAUAGUGGAGAGGCAGCGCCAAGAGGCAGCGCUGCAGAGCCAGCCGGUUGAAGCCAGAACGGUGAUCGACAGACUCUCAGCCCAGACGACAGCAGUCCCAGCGGGCCCACCAGAAGCGCCAGCCCCGACGACGGGCCAGGACGGCAAUGCGCCGGUGGACACACGGGCCCUCGGCAAGCCGCCGCCGCACUCAGGAGAUGCGACGACCGAGGGCAAGCCAGAAAGUGGAUUAGCUUGGCAGCAGUGGUCUUUCACGUUCAGAGCCUAUGCUGGAGCGUUCGGCGCAUCGCGCAGGGAGGCGCUGGACUUCGCGGCGAGACGGACGGAUGAGGACCAGCCCAUCAGUAACGUCGCGAUGGAGCCCCGCGAGAGACGGCUCUCGGCGCAGAUCUUCUACGCGCUGGCGCUCACCUGUCGUGGGCGAGCGUCGUCAGCCGUGCAGCGGGUGCCCGAAGGAGGGGGCAUCGAGGCUCGGAGGCAGUUGCGCAUUGAGUUUGAGCCGCAGCUUCCCAGCCGCUUCCAGGGCAUGCUGCAGCAAUUGCUGGACCCUGCGCGCGGCCCAGACGCUGUCGAGAACAUCUACGCAUGGGGGCAGCAGCUGAAUCAGUAUGAGGAGCAGUCGGGUGACACCAUGGCCGACGCGAUCAGGCUAGCGACGCUCAACAGCAAGCCCCUGAAAGGCAACCUGAGGACCCGCCUCAAACUGCAGGCGGGGCGCCUGCAUACGUGCGGAGCGGCCAGGGACGAGGCGAUCUCGCACCUGCGCGCGACCGCCAGCCAGGAGCAGGAGCCCGUGCCCAUGGACCUGAGCCCAGCGACGGUCUGCUUCUACUGCGCCAAGCCGAACCGCGCGAAGCAAGAGUGCAGGGCGCUCGCGACGGACCGCGCGAAUAAGGGCAUCAAGCCCGACAAGGCAGGGCGACGCAUGGGGAAGCCAGUCGACGAGGUCACUGGCAAGCGUGCGGACGCCGAGAAGGGAAACAUGGCAGCGCUGGCGGCGCUGUCAGUGAUCGUGAUGGGGGACUGCCGCGCGCUCGAGGGCGACGAGAUCGACCUCCUCUUCGACGCGCGCGCGGCGAUGAGCGUCUGUCCGCCGACAUGGGCCCCAGAGGUCGCCGUCGACGAGUGCCGCGGCGCGGCGCUCUACCAGGCGGGCGGCAACGAGGUCGUGCACUACGUCAGGAAGGAGGUGAGCAUGGUGGACCAGAGCUCGGGCGAGCAGCCGACGGUGAACAUCGAGGCGAAAGGGGUGCGGAAGCCGAUCAUGGCGGCGAGCUCGGCAGUCGACGCGGGCUACGGAACGCGGCUGCACAGUGGAGGGAGAUACGUCGCGAAGCCCAAGCACGCGCGGAAGAACGGCGCCCUCGUCAUCCCGGCUCGGCGGCGCUCGAGCAGCGGCGAGCUGCGCGCGGCGCAGGAGAAGGACGAGGGGCAGAAGAAGCGCGCGAGGUUCAGCGACGACCUCGAGGAGAGCGAGGGCGCCCGGCCCACGCUCACCAAAGCGCCUGCGCCUUGGCCGAGCGCGGAGGAGAAGGCUAGGCACGAGCUGACCCACUGUCCGCGCCGCGCCUGGCGCAGGUACUGCUUGACGGGCCAGGCGACCGAGGGCCCCCACGAGAGCCAGUCCAAGGAGUCGACGGUGGCGAAGCUCGCGCUGGACUGCUGCUUCCUGGCGCGUGAAGGGGAGCUGCAGGAGACCGCGGUCCUGGUGGCGAAGAAGGGGGUCGAUGACGUUGCAGUCGAGUUCGUGCUGUUCUACCUCGACGCGCGGGGCGCUGGCGAGGUCGCGCUGAGGGCAGACCAGGGGCCAGUCAUCCAGGCUCUGCUCGUGGAGCUACGCCGGCGCCAAGUCGAGCACCGCCGCGCUGCGAUCGAGAAGUCCACGAAGCACGACAGCAAGGCGAACGGCGGCAUCGAGGUGGUGGCGCGCAGGGUGGAGUCGCCCACUCGCACCUGCGUGGCCGUCACCGAGGACAUGCGCAAGACCGAGGCGACGAGCCAGUCGGUGAUCCCCCCGUGGCUGGCCAGACACUCGGCGUACAUCAUCACCAGGUUCGCGCUGAAGAGUGAUGGUCGGAGUGCCUGGGCGACGAUGCAAGGUAAGGAGUUCACAUCGCCUCUCGCGGGCGUGGGCGAGACGGCGGGCGCCGAGCUGAUUCGCAAGGACCAGUCGAAGCUUGACCCGCGCUGGGCCUCGGGA